UACAAUCACUUUAAAAGAGUAAGCCAAAAUGACUACAUUAUUAAAGAAAUUCAUACCCAGAACCAAAUUCCCUAAUUAUAGAGUCGCAUUAACAGAUUUCAAAGGACAUCAUGCCAAGGCACUGGCCAAAUUAGAUCAAAUAGCACCUCAAUUAGAUUUGGUAUUUGAGCUACGAGAUGCAAGAGCACCAAUCAGUACUAAAAAUGUAUUAUUAGAUCGUUCAUUAUCUCAUAAACCCAAGAUUAUAUUAUAUUCUAAAAAGGAUUUAGCUAAAUCAGAUAUCAAACUAUUAAACAAAUGGCAUAAAGAUGAAAAAUUCAUGUUGAUUAGUUGUAAAAGUCGUUCAGAUGCUACAAAGAUUAUUGAUAUUGCUAAAUUACAUUAUCAACAAAUGAAUCCACCACCACCUUUAGGAAUGAGAAUGAUUAUAACAGGGAUGCCUAAUGUUGGGAAGAGUACUUUAGUCAACACACUAAGGGCAGUUGGAAUGGGGUCUACUGCAAAAGUUGCCCAAACUGGUGGACAACCAGGUAUUACUAGAGCUACAAGUAAUAUUAUUAGAAUCUGUGAGGAACCACCAAUUUUAUUAUAUGAUACACCUGGUGUCUUUUUACCAAGGGUUGAGAAUUCACAAAGAAUGAUUGUGCUAAGUCUUGUUGGAGCAGUGAGUACACACAUUGUUGAUCCGGUUAUUCAAGCUGAUUAUUUGUUGUUUUUAUGUAAUUUACAAAAUCCAAAUUUAUAUUCAAGAUAUUUAAAACAUCCAUCAAAUGAGGUUUAUACGUUAUUAUCUAAAGUUGCUAAAAGGAAUAACAUGUAUAAUUAUAGACUCAAGUCUUAUGAUGAAAAAAAUGCAGCUAUUCAUUUUGUUCAGAUGUUUAGAAAUGGUAAAUUGGGAGGUAAAGUUAAAUUUGAUGUUGAAACUAUAGUGAAGGAUGAUAUUUUCAACUAUCAGGAGUAUAAUAAACAAGAGACACAGAGAUUAGAAGAGAUGGAUAUUGUUCUGAAUAGGGCCAAGCCUAAGGAUCGUAACACAGAGGAGGAUAAGAUUGCCAGAAGAGUGAACAAGUUGUUUUGAUGAAUAUUGUAUAUAGUACUGAAUGGUCACGUGACAGG